UUGAAACUUUUAUAUGCAGAUGAAACAAAAACGUUCUAGUGCCAAUAAAUCAUCCACCAAUAAGCAGAGUACUGCAGGAUGUAAUGAUGACAGUAUCCGAGCUGCAAUUUUAGACGAUGCCACUAUUGUCUUCUCAACUCUCAGCUUUAGUGGUUCCCAUGUUUUCAGUAAACUAAAUCGUGGAUUUGAUGUUGUGAUUAUAGAUGAAGCAGCACAGGCUGUGGAGCCUGCAACUCUUGUUCCGUUAGCCAAUCAAUGCAAAAAAGUUUUUCUGGUUGGUGAUCCAGCUCAACUUCCAGCAACUGUAAUUUCGGACAUUGCUAAGAAUCACGGAUAUGGCACAAGCUUAUUUGAAAGAUUGAUGGAGGCUGGUUAUCCGGUUAAAAUGUUGAAGACCCAAUAUCGAAUGCAUCCUGAGGUUGGUGCAUACUGUUAACAUGUUCUGUAUUAGCUAAGAAUAUGACUAAAAUACUGCUCGUAAGGUGUGGGCAAUCUUUCCCCCUUUGAAUUAGAUUUUGGAGUUUACUUAGGCCAUAAUUCAUUUCUAAUACAUGUUAAGCAGAAUCUUGUAAAAUUAAUUUCUCUAACGUGGUCUUCGUGUGGCCAAAUGAGUUCAAUUGGUUCAGACCUAAGAAUUGCCUCAUUUGCUGGGGAAAUACCGGGGCCAUGUUGGCUCUGUUGCUUAAGUGGUAUUAUAGUGGUGGGUUUUUUUAUCAAAAUUUAAGUGCAGUAGAAUUAUGGUUUUGAAGGAAUGACAUUUAAUGAUGCGUAAUCAAGAAACUGAGCGAGGCAAUAUUUUAGAUUGAAGAAUAUAAAUGAGAAACAGUACAGGUUAUUUUAAAUUGAAGACUUACAAUGGAAUAUCUUGAGAAUAUUCCAGGCUACACUUCUACUGUUCCUAAACUAUUUUUCGUAGCAUUUGAUCUUGAUAUAUUCCACGUUACUAAUAGGCCCACAACGAAGGUAUAUAUGGAAAAUGAGGGGCUCGGGGGAAUAGAAGAAGGGACAAAUAUGCCUCAUAAAUUAGGCCUGCUUGUGUAUGAGUGUAAAAGGAAUCAAGUGGCACCAGCUGAAAGAGAAAAGUAGGGCAGCUGGCAGAAAGUGGAGAUGCAAGA